UCCAGGCAGGACAUGAGGGAGAAAACUCUUCAGUUUUGUGGAAACCUAGUUCCAGGCAAGAGGAAAGGGCGAUGUACAAACUUCCAAUUCAGCUAGGAGAGAACCAGUGUGAUACAACUUGCAAGGCUUAAUUGAUUUGCAAAACUUGCAAAGACUCUCUGGAGGGCUAUGUCUUUGGCUUAGUUAGUGUCUUCCAUUCCUCGCAGUCAUUGUGGUGCCAGGGCAUAUUUUCUACUUUACAUCCACAUUCUGCUCACUCAGGAAUAUGGAAACUUUACCACUUUAUGGAUAGGUCAUUAUCCUAUCGUGAUUCUGUCUGGAUUCCAAACGGUGAAAGAAGGCCUGAUCAACCAUUCGGAAGAGCUAAAUGACCGACCAAUGACCCAUUUCAUUUUACAUGCCUUCAAGAGAAAGGGUAUUGGCUUUGCAAAUGGUCACGGCUGGAAACAACAGAGACGGUUUGGUAUAGUCACUAUGAGGAAUCUGGGACUAGGAAAGAAAGGGAUGGAGCAUCAAAUUGAAGAGGAGGCCCACCGGCUUGUGGAGGCCUUUUUUCAGGCAAAAGGGCAGCCACUUGACCCUUCAGUACUGAUCGGCAAUGCCAUCUCCAGUUUGAUAAGCGUUGUGAGUUUUGGAUAUCGGUUUACCCACGAAGAUGAAACAUUUCAGAAACUGAUGGAAACCAUUGACACUUUGGCAAGAUUUGGAGUCUCCAUCCCUCAUGCUAUGUAUACCUUUUUCCCAGGGAUCAUGAAGUAUCUCCCAGGGCUUCACCAGAAGGCCUUGUCUGGCAUGCAAAUGGGACUUGCCUUUGCAAAAGAGGAGAUUGAAAAGCACAAGGAACACCAGGGCCUUUAUGAUCCUCAGGAUUUCAUUGAUUACUAUCUACUUCAAAUGGAGAAAAGCAAGGGUGAUCCCAAUACUACCUUUAGUGAAGACAACCUGGCACAAUGCAUUCUUGAACUCUUCAUCGCCGGGACAGAGACCACCUCAAGUACCCUUCAAUGGGGACUACUCCUCAUGGUGGCUAAUCCAGAUAUCCAAGAAAGAGUCUACAAAGAGAUGGAAGAGGUCUUGGGAUCCUUUAACUCAAUCAGCUACCAAGAUCGGAAGAAACUGCCCUACACAAAUGCCGUGAUUCACGAAGUCCAGCGGGCCAAAUAUAUCUUGCCAGUUGGAAUCCCGAGACGGUGUUCAAAGGAUCUGAACAUGCUUGGUUUUCACAUUCCAAGGAAAACCCUUGUUGUUACAGAUCUGAACUCGGUUCUUCUUGAUCCCAAGCACUGGGAGACUCCCAAAGAAUUCAACCCAAACCACUUUUUGGACAAGGAGGGGAAUUUUAUCACUAGAGAAGAUUUCUUGCCAUUUGGAGCAGGGGCUCGGGUGUGUCUGGGGGAGCAGAUGGCAAGGAUGGAGCUCUUCCUUUUCUUCACUCACUUGCUGAGGGCCUUCCGAUUUCAGCUGCCUGAAGGAGUGAAAGAACUCAACAAAGACCCAGUGGUUGGACUUUCAAUGCAUCCCCACCCUUACAAACUCUGUGCCAUUCCUCGCAGUAGUUUAUGAUCGAAUGAAGUAAAAUUGUUCACAGUGGCUUAUUUAUUAUCAUA